UACAAGACAACACUGACUUCUUACCUACCUACCACUCCACAUCCUUGUCCUCAUCUUCAUUACCUCUCCUAUUCUACCCACCCAAUCCUUUUCACUCGCCCUUUUCACUUGCUCCUUGUUUCCACGUCAAGCACCUUCUCAUCUCAUCCUCUUCACCAUGGCUGCUCCUGCUGGAAAAUUCAAGGUGGCCGACAUCUCGUUGGCCGCCUUCGGUCGUCGCGAGAUUGAGCUCGCCGAGAUUGAGAUGCCAGGUCUCAUGGCCAUCAGAGAAAAAUAUGCUGCCGAUCAGCCUCUUGCCGGUGCCAGAAUCGCUGGCUGCCUUCACAUGACCAUCCAGACCGCAGUCCUCAUCGAGACCCUCACCGCCCUCGGCGCUGAAGUCACCUGGUCAUCCUGCAACAUCUUCUCCACCCAAGACCAUGCUGCCGCUGCCAUUGCCGCCGCCGGUGUCCCCGUCUUUGCCUGGAAGGGCGAGACUGAAGAAGAAUACGAGUGGUGUUUGGAGCAACAACUGAAGGCAUUCCCCUCCGGAAAGACCCUCAACCUCAUCCUCGAUGACGGUGGUGACUUGACUGCCCUCGUCCACAACAAAUACCCCGAACAGCUCAAGGGCUGCUACGGUGUCUCUGAGGAGACAACCACUGGUGUUCACCACCUGUAUCGCAUGCUCAAGGACAAGAAGCUUUUGGUGCCCGCCAUCAACGUCAACGACUCGGUCACAAAGUCCAAGUUUGACAACUUGUACGGAUGCCGAGAAUCUCUUAUUGACGGAAUUAAGCGAGCCACUGAUGUCAUGAUUGCUGGCAAGGUUGCCGUCGUCGCUGGCUACGGUGAUGUUGGCAAGGGAUGUGCCCAGGCUCUUCACGGCUUCGGUGCCACCGUCCUUGUCACUGAGGUGGACCCUAUCAAUGCCCUCCAGGCUGCUGUUUCAGGCUACAGAGUUGUCACCAUGGAGGAGGCCGCUCCUCUCGGCCAAAUCUUUGUCACCACCACUGGUUGCAGAGAUAUUCUCGUUGGAAAGCACUUUGAGGUCAUGCGAAACGAUGCCAUUGUCUGCAACAUUGGUCAUUUCGAUAUUGAAAUCGAUGUUGCUUGGCUCAAGAAGAAUGCCAAGGAAGUCCAGAACAUCAAGCCCCAGGUUGACCGAUAUCUCAUGCCCAGCGGCCGACAUAUCAUCCUUCUCGCCGAAGGUCGUCUUGUUAACCUUGGAUGUGCCACUGGCCACUCUUCAUUUGUCAUGUCCUGCUCAUUCUCCAACCAAGUUCUUGCUCAGAUUGCCCUGUACAAGGCCGAGGACGAAGCCUUUGGCCAGAAGUACAUUGAGUUUGGCAAGACUGGUAAGAAGGAAGUCGGUGUCUAUGUUCUUCCCAAGAUCUUGGAUGAACAGGUCGCUCUGCUUCAUCUGGACCACGUCAACGCCAAGUUGACCAAGUUGACCCCAGUGCAAGCCGAGUACCUUGGACUGGAAGUCGAGGGACCAUACAAGUCCGACAUCUACAGAUACUAAGCGGUGUACAGCAGUAUGUCACUGCUUAUGUCUUUGCAUAUCUUUUGGCGUUUGGAGGAAAAGAUCUGUCUGAUCUUAUUUCUAAUGCUCAACGCAUGAAGAAAUUUGACCGGUCGAAUAUCGUCGAUAACUGCGGGGUAGGCUGCGGAGAAAAUCAUGUCUCAACGAAGUGAUGAUAAAUCUACGGGAUGGAAUACCAAAAGUCAGUGGUUGAUUUCAUUCAAUCUGAUGGUCAUCAGAUUGGCAUGAUGCAAUAGAGUCAAGUCCUUCAACGGACUACUCGGGAGAAGCUUCAUCAGCUUCCUCACAGAUACCCUCAAAUAGAUGAAGAAGAGAUUCUGUAAUAAAUAACCAACAGUGUUGAAUUUUGAAUGGUGA